AUGAGCACUCCUCAACAAGCAGCUAUUGUUGUGCUUCAUCUGAUUGUCGAAACAUGCAAUACUGCACUCGAUCCACAAUCAAGCUCCGAUGAAGCAACCAACUCCGAGCCUCACGCCGUUGAUGUCCUUCGCAAAGACUUGACUUCAAUUGCGUCGCUUUUGUAUUCGGCAGUUACGAAAGUGUCACUCGCAUUAAAGCCCUCCAAGCCGACCUACUCUGCCGCGAUCGCUCCGCUCAAAGAUCUUUCCCUCCGCAUCCCGGCAUUCUUCAUUGCUGUCGAAGUCUUGUCGCAAGAUGUGUUCCACUCUUUACGCGCUUUUGUUCAAAUCUUUCUGGAUAUCGAGUCGAGUGGAGAGCGGCAGAGUACUGGUCAGGCGGGCGACGAGUACAUGGUCCGAACAGCAGCCGCGCACACUAUCCUUGAUAAAGCACAAGGAUUAUCCCAAAACAAUGCAAUCGCUGUCAAAAAGCGUUGGGUCGAAGACGCUGGAUCCUUGAACGAUGGAAUUGCCGAAGUUGCUGCCAUGAUCGAGGACGCGAACUCCCCGGACGGGGGAGAUGACGACGGAAUCUUCGACGAUGGCUGGGCUGAACUUGGUCUGGAUAGUGGACAGGCUAUGUCUGCUGAAGAACUGGAAUGCACGAAGAAGGUGCAUAUGAUCCUUCGCUUGAUGCAGACAUUGCACAAGCGCGUUCUACGGGACAUUAUUCUAGCACCUGCGACGACUACGAAGCAGUCAGACCAGUUCUCAUCGCUUUCGCACACUUUGCCAUCGACAUUUGACGAGCUGAUCUCAACACUAUAUGUUCCGCAAACUCGAAGUAUAGUCAAAGACGAGCUGGCCGCUUUCCGAAAGACAGUCGACAACUGGAAAUCAUGCGUUGACUCGCAGAUGAUAACAUCAGAACUGGAGAAAAUCAAUCUAGACAGCAGCACCCCAUCUCCUAGUAAAUGGUUCGAUAACUGUUUUACACAACUGUACAAAGCAAUAGAUAUAAUGGAUAGCACGUUGGACUAA